AUGGCCGGAGACGAGCAAAAGAAUAUCGUAAUCAUUGGAGGUGGUAUUAUCGGUGCCACUUCCGCCUAUUUUCUGACGCACCACCCUUCGUAUAACCCGGAGAAGCACAAGGUUAUCCUUCUGGAAGCGACAAAAAUUGCUGGAGGAGCAAGUGGCAAAGCAGGAGGACUCCUAGCCUUAUGGGCCUAUCCUUCGUCCAUCGUACCACUCUCAUACAAGCUGCACAAGCAACUAGCCGACAAGUAUGGCGGUGAUGAGCGUUGGGGCUACAGACAGGUUCAUUGUGGCUCGGUUGACUGCAAAGGUCGUCAAUUGCAAAAGCCGACAGACACCGUGAAGGGUAAAGACAAUGAGAUGGAUGGAAAGAAUGAUAGACCUGCCGACCGAGAGAAGAACAGUGUCAGUCUCGAGAAGAAUCCGCCAAAGGUGUCGGCGAAGUUAGCCGCCAGAGGCAUCCCGAAAGAUCUUGACUGGAUUCACCCGGACUGCUUGAGGAUGUAUGACGAGAUGGGAGAUCCUUCAACCACUGCCCAAGUUCAUCCCUACCAAUUCACUACUUCCAUGGCCGACUUGGCCGCUGAAAAGGGUGCGGACGUCCGCGUUGGUGCCGCAGUCAAGAGCAUCAACCAUACCAAGGAUGGCAAGGGUGUGGAGAGCGUCACCUACGAGGACAAGAACGACAACAACAAGGAGAUCACCAUUUCAGCAACGGACGUGAUCAUCUCUGCUGGUCCAUGGACAAGAGAGGUAUAUCCUGACGCCCCUAUCUCGGCUACUCGAGCCCACAGUGUUACCAUUCGCCCAACUCGCGAGAUCAGUGCAUACGCUCUAUUUACUGAGAUUAAACUACCGGCUGGUUUCGGAGGUGCAACAGAUAAAGCCAAGAAAUCCCGGGGCGAGCAGCAUGUUUCGCCGGAGAUCUACACAAGACCAAAGAACGAAGUUUAUGCUUGUGGUGAAGGAGACCACAUGGUACCACUCCCAAAAUCUUCCGAUCUCGUCGAGGUAGACGAACAGAGAUGCCAGGACGUUGUCGACUAUGUUAGCAGCAUAAGUGAUGAACUGCGAGACGGAGAAGUUACUGCACGACAGGCAUGCUACCUGCCGAACGUCCAAGGAGGCAAUGGACCCUUGAUCGGACACACUGGAGUAAAGGGUCUACUGAUAGCAGCUGGACACACUUGCUGGGGUACGUUAGACGUCCAUUCUGACUUUUCCCUAGACUCGACUGACAAUUACCUAGGCAUCCAAAACGGUCCAGGAACCGGCAAGUUGAUCUCUGAGUUUGUCUUUGACGGUGCUGCGAAGUCAGCUAAGAUAUCGAGCUUGGAUCCUCGCAUGGUGAUGUAG